CACAUUCUCUCUUACAUGAAGUCAGCAAAAAUGAAUGAGGGCUGAAUGUGAUGUGAAUGGAUGGUGCAGAUGACGGGCGCACAGUAAUGGCUGCGCCUAUGAAUGAGCUCCGCAGCCAUUCACUAGCUGCUGCUGCUGCGGCUCGCUCCAUUCAGGAGAGUGGGGGUUGUCAGCCGCUCUUGGGGGUUUCAUGGUGCAGACAUUCGGUUAAUGUUAGACAGUGCUUUCCGGGAAAAUAGAACUAUUUAUUGCCUGUGUACAUUGCCCCUUCUGUUCGCUGCCCUUUUUUUCCCCCCCUUUCUCUUUUGUCUUCCCUGUACUUGUCUGGACUUGUAAGGCAGAUGACUGCUAAUAUAUAUCCGAGAGAGCGUUCCUGCCAUAUAAGAGUGAUGGGGGUCUAUGGACUGUGAGUCAGUCACAGGAAUGGUCGUCGGGGAUCGCUAUAUUUCGCCAAGGUACCUGUCGUAUGUGGACAACAGGUUUAAGGAAGCGCAGGUCCCAUCCACGAAAAGCUGGUAUACGGAUCCUGCAGCAUCCAGAGGGUUAACCAUGGCGGAAAACAUAGAGGAGAAGCUCGGUGAUCUUGAUGUCAGGCCGAAGAAUCGCAGUCGCAGCGCGGAUCGGAAAGAUGGAUACGUUUGGAGCGGGAAGAAGCUUUCCUGGUCAAAUAAAGGCGGCCACUCGUCUGACGGGGGCGCUGUGCGUGCUGCUGACAAGGCGGAGGGAUCUGCGAGGAGCCAAGAGAGGAAGCACAGUUGUUCCUCCAUAGAACUCGAUCUGGAUCGCUCCUGCGGACACAAGCUCUUGGGUCGGUCUUUGAAGCAGAAGCUACAGGACGCUGUAGGUCAAUGCUUCCCCAUAAAGACGUGCAGCAGCAGCCGACACCAAUCUGUAUUGUCUUCCAAAAGGAAAAUCCAUAUAAGUGAACUGAUGCUGGACAAAUGCCCCUUCCCUCCCAAAUCAGACCUGGCCUACAGGUGGCACUUUAUCAAAAGACACACGGCUCCCGUCAGCCAGCCGCACACCCAGUAUGUGGUCAAAGACGCCCCAAAGGUGGAACCUCUAGCCAUGGCCGAGGGGGACGAGGACAGUUUAUCUGAGGGACGGGCCCAGUCGUGUGAGGUAAAUACGGGCGCGGUAGAAUCGGUCACCACCAAAGCCUCGAGGGGCAGCAAGGAGGACAGCGAUAUCGACUCGGACGACGAAAUCCUGACUCUUUGUACAAGUUCCCGAAAGAGGAAUAAACCCAAAUGGGAACCGGACGACGAGAUAUUUCUGGCCGCCACCCCUCCGAAAUAUCACACCCAGAUAGACUAUGUCCAUUGCUUGGUUCCAGACCUGUUCCAGAUCAAUAAUAACCCGUGUUACUGGGGGGUGAUGGACAGGUACGCAGCCGAGGCCUUGUUGGAAGGAAAGCCGGAAGGGACAUUUUUACUCCGGGACUCUGCACAGGAAGACUACUUGUUCUCCGUCAGCUUCCGACGUUACAGCCGCUCCCUCCACGCCAGGAUCGAGCAGUGGAACCAUAACUUUAGCUUCGACGCCCACGACCCCUGCGUGUUCCACGCCCCCGAUGUCACGGGCCUGUUGGAGCAUUACAAAGACCCCAGUUCCUGUAUGUUCUUCGAGCCCCUUCUCUCCAGCCCAUUGCACAGGACAUUCCCCUUCACCCUCCAGCACAUAUGCCGAACCGUCAUCUGCAGCGCCACAAACUACGACGGCAUCGACGCCCUCCCCGUCCCUUCUUCCAUGAAACUCUACCUGAAGGAAUAUCAUUACAAAUCCAAAGUGCGGGUCCGCCGCGUCGACCUACCCCAACGGCACCAUAAGUGAUAACUGGACUUAAUAAUGUCAAUACUUUUUUUUAUUUUAUUUUUGCGCAAUUUUACUCCCCCCCCCCCCUACUCUCAUAAAAAAAAGUUUGUGCAUUGACAUUUUUUUUACUACAUAGCUUUAGUAUUGUAUGUGAUGACAUUCACUAAUGCGGCAUAGGCUUACAAGUUAUUCUAAUGCAGUGUUUCACAACCAGUGUGCCUCCAGCUGUUUUUUUUUCUUUUUUCCAGGCUUUUCAUCCUUACUCCAGCUGUUGCAAAACUACAACUCCCAGCAUGCCCGGACAGCCUAUGGCUGUCCGGGUAUGCUGGGAGUUGUAGUUUAGUAACAGCUGGAGUCACUCUGCUUGGGAUUUUUCCCAAAUUUUUCAGUUUUUUUCCCCCAAGCCUUUCCAUCUCUGCUCCAGCUGCUGAAAAACUACAAUUCCCAGCAUACCCGGACAGCCAAUGGCUGUUUGGGCAUGCUGAGAGUUGUAGUUUUGUAACAGCUGAAGGCAUCCUGGUUGGGAUUUUUUCCUAAUUUUUCUGUUGUGUCCCCCCCCCCCCCCAAGGCAUCGUUGGCUGUCCGGGCAUGCUGGGAGUUGUAGUUUUGCAAUAGCUGAAGGCACCCUGUUUAGGAAACACUUUUCUAAUAAAUGACAAGUCGUAUAAAUAGUGAUUGAAGCUUUUUUGUUUGUUACAAAGUUCCAAUAUAAGAUUCCACCACUAGAGGAAGCUUACUGCACACAUGUAUACAUGGAAUACAGUUAUCUCCCCCUAGUGGCGGCUGCAGGCAGCCAAAAAAACAUUAUAAAAUGAAUAGAUUUCAGAGCUCUGUAUCAGGAAAACAGAGCGCUAUUUGUUAAAGCUAUAAUCGACACAUAAUAUGGAUCCUACUAGUGUAAAAGGAAGGACAUUGCCUUUUAAGAGCGUGUUCACACCGCCAAAAUGGCUGCUGAUUCUGCUAAAAAUAAAAUAAAAACAAA